AUGCUCCACAAGCUGGGGCCUGACCAAGAGCCAGAAAAGAUGACUGUUCGGUCGCAGUUCUUGAUUUUAGCUGGAGGUGUUCAGAUGUGCCCUCACGCCCCGAAGCUGAACGGGCUUGAUGUCUUUCAGUCUGGGUCAGAUAAGGUCCUGAUGCACACUGGGCGUUGGGACUGGUCCAAGAGCGGCGGUUCUCGAGAAAAGCCAGACAUGACCAAGUUUCAAGGCAAGCGAGUUGGCAUCAUCGGCACUGGAGCUACAGCUGUUCAAGUUGCCCCAUAUUUGGCCAAGUGGGCAAAGGAGCUCUACAUCUUCCAGCGAACGCCCUCAUACGUUGGGCCGCAGCCUCAGAAGGAGACGACAGUUGAGGACUGGUACGAGGUGGCGAACAAAUCCAGUUGGCAGUAUGAGCGCAUUGCCAGCUUGGACGCCAUGUUCACGGCAAAGGAAGAUACUGAGGACAAGAUCCAGGAUGGCUGGGCUAAAAUGGUGGGAAUGACUGCCAUGGCUGGCCAUGCGGGCGAAAUCGUCACCAAGGGGGAGGAAGAGCAGCACGUCAAGGACAUGCUCAACCGGGACUACCCAUGGACCGAAAAGAUGCGGUCGCGCGUUGACGCUCUGGUCAAGGACCCAUCGACGGCCGAGAAGCUCAAGGCCUGGUACUCUGGCUUCUGCAAGGGUCCAACCUUCCACCCCGAGUACCUCUCCCUCUCCAACGAGCCCAACGUUACACUCGUUUAUACAUAUGGUAAGGGUCUUGAGGCGUACACUCCCAAUGGCGUCAUGGCCAACGGCCGGGAACAUGAACUUGAUGUCCUCGUCCUUGCAACAGGCUACACUGUUGGACUCGUCGAUUCUUGUCCUUCGUCAGCACUUAAUGCCACUCUGACGGGACGUGAUAACAGACUUCUCAAAGAAAAGUGGGAUGGGCCAGACUAUGGUACCCUUUACGCCGCCAUGACGGAGGGAUUUCCAAACCUGUUCUUUGCCUCUGGUAACAUGAGCACCGUGUCUCAGAACGCGCAUAGCUUCUACAACUUCCUCACCCGACUGAUUGCACACGUCGUCAAGGAAACUUUCAUCUGA